GCUCGCGGAGUCGCACCAUCACCGACCGAUCGCUCGCGCGUUCUUUUCCUCUGCCACACAGACCGAGCCGCUCAGACGAGCAUGCUGGCCGCCGGUGACUUUCGGAACGCUUCACGCGGAGAUGGAGCGCGAGCGCGUGCAGAGAGCGAGAGGAAGCGCUUAGCUCUGCCCAUCACCCAGGACGAAGGACGGAGGUACCAUCGCUUCUGCAGCCACAGUGGUGGAGGGCCGAGUGGGUUCAAGAUGGAAAGAAACCGGCAUCCGCGGCCCGAGGUGGAGGAAAAUGCCGCGCAUCGACGGGAGCAGCAGCAAGUGAUGGAGAAAAAGGCCAUAAUAAUUCAAAGGGCCUGGCGUACAUCUCAGGGGCAGAAACAAGGCUGCCCCAAGGAGCCAAAAAAACACAUGGAUCCACUGAAAGAUUCCAUCUCAGCAAACCCAAGUGAUAAAGACCUGGACCAGAACCUUCUGCUGGAUGAGAUCAAGACCUUACAGAAUGAGAAGCCAAGAAAUGAUGGAGGAAACCCUGUGCCAGAUGCUCAGCUGAACUCAGAUCUGGAGAACCUUACAGACAGCAAGCAGCUCUUUGAGUCCAGGGUGUUGAUCAUACAGCGAGCCUGGCGAGACUUCCUUCACAAACAGGACGUCCUGGAGAAACGGAGCCCCUCCCCUCCCUCACUGUCCUCCCUGGAUAAGAUGAGCACGUCUAUCAGCAUGACCCUUUCGGAUGGCAGCACCCCUGAUUACCGGGAGGACGGUAUGGACCUGGCGAGCGACGCCUCGAGCCGCUCGGGCACCGAGUCCAACUCGACCUCCAACAAGGUGACUCCAUGCUCAGAAUGCAAAUCCUCGCCAAGCCUGGAGCUGGCCGCCCUGGACGACUACGACGAAGAGGACGAGGAAUUCCAGUCCUUCAAAAAGCGAGUCACCGAUGACUGGGAACGCGAAUACGACACAGACAACCAAACCGCAGAGAACAGAACCUUCCGGGAGGUGGCGAACGCCCGCAGCCUGGCAGAGGAACUCCAGGAGGUCAAAAGUUUACCGACCAUGGUGUCUGAGGAACUCAAACAAAACGGCAACAUGAUCGUACCCAGGAAACCUCAAGCCAAGAGCGUUCCGAAAAUCUCCGGAACGGUUAAAGGAGGUGGUGGAGGGGGACUGGUUAAUGGAGGUACUGGGUAUGAUGGCUGUUAUCGACUCGGGGGUUACAGAGAGGAGACUCUGGUGGACGAAUGUCAGUUACCCACUAUGGACUGGGCAGCACUUGAGAGGCACCUGGCUGGAUUGCAGUUCAGGGAGCAGCAGGAGAGCCACAACAAGAACCUGGGAAGGACCAACUCAACACAUGCCCAAAAGAAUGAGCGAGAGUCCAUCAGACAGAAGCUGGCACUGGGCAGUUUCUUCGACGAUGGGCCUGGCAUUUAUACCAGCUGCAGCAAGAGUGGCAAACCCAGUCUCUCCUCACGAUUACAAAGUGGCAUGAACCUGCAGAUCUGCUUCGUCAAUGACAGUGGAAGUGACAAAGACAGCGAUGCCGAUGACAGCAAGACAGAGACCAGUCUGGAUACACCCCUGUCCCCCAUGAGCAAGCAGAGCUCCUCAUAUUCCGACCGGGACACCACCGAAGAAGAUUCUGAGUCCCUGGAGGACAUGGAUUUCCUGAGCAGGCAGAAAAAGCUGCAAGCUGAGGCCAAGAUGGCACUGGCCAUGGCCAAACCGAUGGCCAAGAUGCAGGUGGAGGUGGAGAAACAGAACCGCAAGAAGUCGCCAGUGGCAGACCUGCUUCCCCACAUGCCCCACAUUAGCGAGUGUUUGAUGAAACGGAGUCUAAAGCCCACAGAUUUACGAGACAUGACCGUGGGUCAGCUACAGGUCAUCGUCAAUGACCUCCACUCACAGAUCGAAAGUCUGAACGAAGAGCUUGUGCAGCUGCUGUUAAUUCGGGACGAACUUCACAUGGAACAGGAUGCCAUGCUAGUGGAUAUUGAAGAUCUGACCAGGCAUGCUGAGAGCCAGCAAAAGCACAUGGCUGAGAAGACUCUUUCCAAAUAAGACGUGCUUUCUUCCCUCCAAACCUCCCAUCAUGGCGGGGGAAAAGAGAAGAGACACUUUCCUUUUGCUUCUGUGGUUGUACAAAUCCAAAUGACGGAGUGCUCCAGACCGGUGAAAAACAAAAAUGCGUCUCACAUACUGUUCCUGGCUUUCUGUGCUGUCAUUGGCCUUGCUUCUUAAUACUUCUUCAUUUUACCGUUUUACAUUUGCCAGCAAUUAUAUCUGUCAAACUGCGAAGAAAAUAAAGGAAAAAAAUAUAAUGAGAAAAGUGUAGAAAGUCAGAUUUUAAAAUGCUUUAAAAAAGACCUCACUGUAAAAAAUGAAUAAAUAACUAAAUAAAUAUGAACUGCUGAGGAUUUUGAGUUGGACAGUAUUUUAAAAGUUCGGCCUGUUACUUUGCACAAAUGGUAGUUCUUAACUGAAACUUUUGAUUUGAAGGUGCUAAACGUCUAAAGGAAACAUGCCUGCCUUGUAAUCGAGUCGUAGCUUUUUGGUAACCUGUUCACUCUGAUCGGUAUUCAACAUUUUGUGAAUGUUGAUCCUCGGACACGAGUCAUUUUAAAUCAGUGUGUUAAUAUCAUUUUCAUCCUAUUGUAUUCAGAUUGUUUAUUUGAAGGGAAGAAAUGUUUAUGUACAAAUAUGUAAAAUAAAAAAAUUAAAACUUUGUUUCAUA